AUGUGUCACUUCUCAUGCUUGACUUUCAAAGAGAUGAGGAGGUCCAGCCAUAGCUGCUUGGCUACUUCUUGUUGCAGCACCGAGCCAUCCCUUCGCUCAGAGCUUUGGCGACCAUGGUCUGAUCUCCACAUCGACCACCGAGCCAUCCCAACGCCGUCAACUUGCUUCGAUUCUCAGCCGUCUGCCGCUCGUGGUGGUCGAUCGUGAAGGAAGAAACUUCUCUGGCACGUCAACUCCCUUGGCUGAUGCUCGCAGAGGAGGAGAUCGACUUCCCCCUCUCCUCGGGAAGCAACAUUUGUCGUCGCUUCUAUAGCUGUUCCAAGAAGAGAAUCUACGAGCUCCCCGUGCCCAAAUGUCAAGGAAGAUUCUGUUGUGGCUCCUACGCCGGUUGGAUCGCGACGGUCGGCAAAGACUCAAGGAUGCAUCUCGUGAACAUCUUUACUGGAGGCGGCGUAGAGCUGCCUUCGCUAUACGCCUUCGGUACAUCCUUCAGUCAAUGUUGCAACCGGUCACCAGAGCGCAAGCGUUCUCUUUUUGUAACCAAGGUUUGCCUGUCGUCAAGCCCCUCCGCUGGUCGGGACUGCCUCGUGGUGGCGUUCUACGGCAUCGGAUGUAAGCUGGGUUAUGCUAAGGUUGGCGACGAUCAAUGGACUACAGUAAGCUGCAAUUGGUGUCCCUACUUGGAUGCCUCGUUCUACAAAGGCCAAUUCUACGUGGUCAACUGGAAAGGGGACGUGGUGGUGUUGGAUGUGUCUCGGCGGCAGGUGCAUUUCAUAUCGACCAAACCGAAGCAACUCAUGACCGACUACACCCAUCGGAAAAUAUACCUGGUGGAAUCAUCGGGCGAUCUACUGUACGUGGUGCGGGUGUUUAGGUAUUCGCCAAAGCCGACAUACAACACAAAGAGCUUCGUUGUCUACAAGCUGAGCGUUUCCAACGGCGAGUUGCAGCAGGUGAGUAGCCUAGGAGGGCGGUCGCUGUUCUUGGGCCUCAACAACUCGAUAUCGGUGGAGGCAUCAAAGCUGGUGGGAUGCCAAAAGGACUCCAUUUACUUCACCGAUGACCUAAGCGAGUUCAAGACUUGCUGCGCACCGGGAAGCGGACGUGACACGGGGAUCUAUAGCAUGGUGGAUGGUUGCAUCACCCCACACUAUGAUGGGGUCUCACUCUCCCGAGUCUCGCCGCCGCUAUGGGUGCCGAUCCACCAUUUAUUUUCACCCAGCAUAUAGUCGCCUUCGUUUUCUUUAUACAUUCGGAUACAAAUGGUUUAGUCUAAUAGAAGAUUAGUUAAUUCGAAUUAUUUUUUUUAUGUUCACGUUGAUAAGAUUAAUUUAAAUAGUUAGGAUUAGAUGAAACAAAA